CCGCCUCCCGCAAGCAUGGCGGGCCUCAGGGUGCGGGAAGACUUAGCAACAGCUAUACUGAAGGAGAAGAAAAAGCCAAACCGCCUCAUUGUGGAAGAUGCCGUCAACGAUGACAACUCUGUUGUGGCACUCAGCCAGGCCAAAAUGGACGAGCUCCAACUCUUCCGAGGUGAUACAGUGCUCAUCAAAGGCAAGAAGCGCAAGCAGACGGUCUGCAUUGUGCUCUCCGAUGAUACCAUGUCCGACGACAAAGUUCGCAUGAACCGUGUAGUGAGAAACAAUCUUCGCAUUCGUUUGGGGGAUAUUGUUGCCAUUCAGCCAUGCCCAGAUGUGAAGUAUGGCAAGCGUAUUCAUGUUCUGCCCAUUGAUGACACGGUGGAAGGUCUCACUGGUAAUAUUUUUGAGGUGUUCCUGAAACCCUACUUCCUGGAAGCUUAUCGGCCCAUCCACAAAGGUGACCUCUUUCUUGUGCGUGGUGGCAUGAGAGCGGUAGAGUUUAAAGUGGUAGAAACCGACCCAGCACCAUAUUGCAUUGUAUCUCAAGACACUGUUAUUUACUGUGAGGGUGAACCAGUGAAGCGUGAGGAGGAAGAGGAACAGUUAAAUGAAGUUGGUUAUGAUGACAUCGGUGGGUGCAGAAAACAACUGGCUCAAAUCAAAGAGAUGGUGGAGUUGCCGUUGCGCCAUCCUUCUCUCUUCAAAGCCAUUGGUGUUAAACCACCAAGAGGUAUUUUAUUAUAUGGACCCCCGGGAACAGGAAAAACGCUCAUUGCACGAGCUGUUGCUAAUGAAACGGGAGCUUUCUUCUUCCUGAUAAAUGGCCCAGAAAUUAUGUCUAAAUUAGCAGGCGAAUCUGAAAGCAAUCUACGGAAAGCGUUUGAAGAGGCAGAAAAGAAUUCGCCUGCCAUUAUUUUCAUAGAUGAAAUUGAUGCCAUCGCACCAAAACGUGAAAAGACACACGGAGAAGUUGAGCGACGCAUUGUAUCACAGUUGUUGACAUUGAUGGAUGGCCUAAAGCAGCGCUCACAUGUUAUUGUUAUGGCUGCCACAAACAGACCAAACUCUAUUGAUCCUGCUCUUAGGCGAUUUGGUCGUUUUGACAGAGAAGUUGACAUCAGUAUCCCAGAUACUACAGGUCGUCUUGAAGUCCUGCGUAUUCACACCAAAAAUAUGAAGCUCUCCGAUGAUGUGGACCUGGAACAGAUUGCUGCCGAGACUCACGGCCAUGUUGGUGCUGAUCUGGCUGCUCUCUGCUCAGAAGCUGCCCUUCAGCAAAUCCGUGAAAAGAUGGAUCUUAUUGAUCUUGAUGAUGACCAGAUUGAUGCUGAGGUACUUAAUUCUCUAGCAGUGACUAUGGAGAACUUCAGGUUUGCCAUGGGCAAGAGCACACCAUCAGCCCUCCGUGAGACUGUAGUGGAGGUGCCCAACAUUACCUGGCAUGACAUUGGUGGCUUGGAGAAUGUUAAGAGAGAGUUGCAGGAGCUGGUCCAGUAUCCUGUGGAGCACCCAGACAAGUUCCUCAAGUUUGGUAUGACCCCCAGCAAGGGUGUCUUGUUCUAUGGCCCUCCUGGUUGUGGUAAGACGCUGUUAGCAAAGGCUAUUGCUAAUGAAUGUCAAGCUAACUUCAUCUCGAUCAAGGGUCCAGAAUUACUUACCAUGUGGUUUGGUGAAUCAGAAGCUAAUGUGAGAGAUGUGUUUGAUAAGGCUCGUGCUGCUGCACCUUGUGUGUUGUUCUUCGAUGAGUUGGACAGCAUUGCCAAGGCCCGAGGAGGUUCUGCGGGUGAUGCAGGCGGAGCUGCUGACCGAGUCAUUAAUCAGGUACUUACGGAAAUGGAUGGAAUGGGUGCCAAGAAAAAUGUCUUCAUCAUCGGUGCAACAAACAGACCUGAUAUUAUUGAUCCAGCUAUUUUACGACCAGGGCGUUUGGACCAGUUGAUCUACAUACCCCUUCCUGAUGAAAAGUCAAGAGUACAGAUCCUUAAGGCAUGCUUGAGGAAAUCCCCAGUGUCUAAGCGGGUGGAUUUGGAUUACCUUGCGAAAGUGUCCCAUGGAUUCUCUGGUGCGGAUCUGACAGAAAUCUGCCAGAGGGCUUGCAAGCUGGCUAUCAGGCAGGCUAUUGAAGCAGACAUCAAGCGGGAGAGAGAGCGAGCUGCUGGAGACAACAUGGAUAUGGAGGAAGAAGACCCUGUGCCAGAGAUAACUCGGGAUCACUUUGAAGAAGCUAUGAAGUAUGCUCGCCGUUCUGUUUCAGACAAUGAUAUUCGCAAAUAUGAAAUGUUCUCCCAGACGCUUCAGCAGAGUCGAGGUUUGGGUCCAAUUUUCGGUUCCCAGAUCAACAAGGUCAGGGAGGCAGCAGCCACGGUGGAAACUUUGGUGCAGAUGGAGAGGAUGAUGAUCUAUACUCUUAAAAGCUUCUUUUCUUCCCAGUGGGUGAUAAAUGCUUCAGGGAGAAUCAAUCUACUUUCAAAAUGAAUUAGAACAUCAUUCAUGAGUGAUGUGUGAAAUACAAAAUGUUUAUUGAAGAUGUGCCCGUGCAAGUGUGCACAUGUUCAGCAAUAUUGACUUUUAGUUUUUGGUCAAAAGGACCUAGGAUAUUAUUAUGCAUCCAGCAAUCACGCCUUGACAAGUUGACCUACAUCCCAAUUGUUUACCAAGUAGUUUUUUUUUAGGGUAUGGUGUUUUUUUUGUGGUCCAGGAAAAACACCCCUAUUCAUGAAUGAUAGAAAUCCAGGACAAAUGGUAACUAGUAAGUAGAGGGAAUGAUAAUAUAUGCAGGGGCUAAGAAAGCUUGUACAGUACUAGAAGUGCAGGGAAUGGGUAAGUUAUAUUGGGCAUUGAUGCAACCUUGUGAGAACAUUUUGUUGCAAGCUUUGGAAUUUCACUGUAACAAUCUGUGUUAUUUGUUGCAUUUUAGAUAUUUUGUCCUUUAAGGCAAGUUAAACAAAUUUAUUGUAUUUUUUAUAUGAAUUCAGUAGUAAUAGUUAAAAUGUUUCAUGCACUCUGAGGCAGUUCAUUAUGAAGAUCCUAUUAUUUAUGUGAGGUAUGCUGCUUGCACCUUUGAUACAAACUAGUGCUCCACUGAUAAGUAUUUUUUUUGUGUACUGGAUUAUUGGUAAGGAGCAGUACAUGUGGUGAUUGUAUUAUAUUCCCAUGUGUAAAUGUUAAUACAUAAACUUACCUUUUCUUACACAGUAAAAAAGAGAAGUCUUAA